AUCUAGUCUACUUAUCUAUGCAGACUGUUUACAACAACUAAUAUGAUGACCUAGACCUAUAACAGCUGUAGACUACCAUCAACAUUACAAGAACUUGACUCUAACUAAGUCUCGGAGGGAUUUUCAGCGAAAUAAUUAAGAUCACCACGAAGACGCCUACUGUGGUUUACCUUUACAGUUACCCCGUGUGUCUGGAAUGAUUCUACGACAUAUUUCAGUGUACAGACAAAGAAGAUUGUUUGAUGGCUGCGGUGGUUAUCUGGCGUCAAGCUAAUUUUGCCAUCCCGGUGAGCUGGAGCCCCCUUAUUCUUCUUUCUCUGGGCUCUAUGCUAGUGUUGCUGUUGUCCUCCAUUGCGCUGCAGGAGCAAUGCUGUGGGACACGGAAAGGCUUCGCCCUCCUGCGUUGCCAGUUGUGGGGAAGCACCGAGUAUAUCACCUCCCACUCAUCAAGCCAUGCCGUUUCUGUUGCCUCCUUGGACCUUCUGCCUUUGAGAGAGAAGCCAAGUAAAGAAGCUCAGUUGGAAGCAAGAGCUGCCCUCCAGCAGGCUAAAGUGAUGAAAAAAGAAGGCAAGUUGGAGAAAGCUAACAAACUCCUAGUACAUGCACUGAACAUGAAUCCAGAUUUUGUGGAUGCUCUAACAGAACUAGGAACCAUCCUAGAGGAGAAAGAUGUUGUCCGGGCAGAUCAUCUGUACACAAAGGCUCUGGCCCUCUCUCCAUGUAACAAGCGGGCCUUGGUGAGCCGUGACCGUACACUUCCUCUGGUGGAAGAGAUUGACCAACGUCAUUUUGGUAUCAUUGACAAAAAGGUGCGCCAACUCCUGUCCAUUCCCAAGGGAAAUUCUGUACUGCGCCGUGUGAUGGAGGAGACCUACUACCACCAUAUUUAUCACACCGUGGCCAUUGAGGGUAACACAUUAACAUUGUCUGAGAUUCGCCAUAUAAUUGAAACACGUUAUGCUGUUCCAGGUAAGAGCCUGCAAGAGCAAAAUGAGGCUAUUGGUGUGGAUGCUGCCUUGAAGUACAUAAACACCACUUUGUUGUCUCAUUCCGGAUCAAUCACAGUAAACGACAUUCUGGAAAUACACCGCCGUGUACUUGGCCAUGCAGACCCUGUGGAGGGGGGCCGUCUUCGUACCAGUCAGGUGUUUGUGGGCCACCACAUCCCCCCUCACCCACAGGAUUUAGAGCGUCACAUGCAGGAAUUGAUGCAAUGGCUUAACUCUGAUGAGGCACUCAACCUCCAUCCUGUAGAGCUAGCUGCACUUGCACAUUACAAGCUGGUAUAUGUGCAUCCUUUUGUGGACGGCAAUGGACGUACUUCAAGGAUCUUAAUGAACCUGGUGUUGAUGCAAGCUAACUAUCCUCCCAUUACCAUCCGAAAGGAGCAACGGUCUGAGUAUUAUCUAGCACUAGACACAGCCAAUGAAGGCGAUAUACGCCCUUUCAUCCGUUUCAUUGCCAAAUGCACAGAGAUGACCCUUGAUACACUGCUUAUUGCCACCACUGAGUAUGCAGUUGGCCUCCCUGCUGCCAGCCAGAAUCACGGCUGUCAGGAUUGCGGGCAGACCAUUCCUGUUCACAACUGAGCACAUACAUCAAGUAGCCGAGAGAUAUUUCCUUCAGAUUCUGGUGGAGUUAGACUGAUUGCUGAAGAACCUCCAGCAGGAGGUUGCAGCUAAUGGGUUAUGUCAACCCUACACUUAAGUCACCCUGACUUAAGUCACUCCCUUCAGUUAAUUUGUGUGACUGUAAAUGAUCAAGUUAAUUUGCUUAUUUUUCAAAUGAGGGAACCAUUUUGGGUCAAUAAAUGAAUCAUGUUUUAAUUUUAGUGGACAGAUAUGUAUGCAGAUGUAAAUUCUUAAUAUAUUGCAUAGGCAGGGCUGUAUGUUAAAGUAUAAUUCCAGAGCGAUUUCAACCCUGGGUCCAUUUCACCAUGACAACGAGUCGAACACCCCCUAACCAGUAGCCGUUGCCUACUGGUUAAGGCUUCAGGCUUGUAACCUGAGGGUUGCUGGUUCGAUCCCUGACCAGUCCACGGCUGAAGUGCCCUUGAGCAAGGCACCUAACCCCUCACUGCUCCCCGAGCGUCGUUGGUUGGGCAGGCAGCUCACUGCUCUGGGUUGUGUGAUUCACCUCACUGUGUGCUGUGUGUUCACUAAUUCGGUGAAAUUGGGUUAAAUGCAGAGAACUGAAUUUCCCUCACAGGAUCAAGAAAGUAUAUAUUCUAUUCUAUUCUAUGCUAUUUGAUAGCUAAGACUACAUCUAUAGAAGGAUGACUGAAUUGGACCAGCUUCAGCAUGGUGUAAGUGUUAAGGGCAUGCGGCUAAAUGUAUCCAAAAGGAACAUUUUUAAACCACUUAUCAUGCUCAAAAUAGCACCAUACCUCUGCAGUACUAGGGCCCCUACAAAUAAAACAAAUAUUAUUUAAAAACAAUUUUACAAUAUUUGGACCUGUAGGAAGAAAAUGCCAUGGCUUCUUGGUCUGGUAUUGUCAAUUUGGUCUGGUAUAGCAGUGGCCAUGUUUGAUCAGCUGAUUCGAUCAAAUGUGCACGCUGAUUUGACUUUUUUGACUUUUUUAAAAAAAAUAAAAGCUCUCAACUAGUUAUGGUGAAAUAGACCCUGUGUUGAAAAUGCUCUGGAAUUACGCUUUCACUUUUUCACACUUGGUCUAAAGAGGUUGAUGAAUAUGUAGCAUAGGUAUAAAAUCACAAGUUGGGCAGUUCAUCAAUUGGUGGUGGAAGUCCUACUGCAUCUGGAGUGAUAAAAUGUCAUGUAGUUACAAACAUCUCACCCAUUACGCUACACUGUAGUUGGGAAACGCAAAAGCAAUCAGAAUGUUGGUGUUAUUUGUGUGUUAUUUUUUUUCAACGUUUUUUUAAUGUUUUUUUUUUCUAAAAACAGAAAAAUUUGAUUGAUUAAUUUUUUUAAUUGAUUUCAUUGAUUCAUUUUGGAAUAAGUAGAUGACUUGUAAAGGUGAGUUUGUUCAUAUUUUUGAGUAGGUUAUCAGGCAUGUCAAAAAUCAUCCAUCCAUGAAAUGCAUAAUUACUAGACUCCAUGACGCUACACAGUAGCUAGUCUAUCCCAGAGCCAUAUGGCUCUGGUCAGAGCCAUAUGGCUCUGGUCAGAGCCAUAGGCUCUGGUCUAUCCCAGAUAUAGGGCUCUGCAGCCGGUUGGUCUAUUCGGUUAGUAAUUAUGAUGCAAUAAUAGGCUGGUAAUUCUCUUUCCGGGUCCAACAGCUUUCAGAGCCGCUUAUUUUUUCGCCCAUAGACUGUAAAAUCUAUUUUUUCAACUAUUCAGAGUAGCAUUUAAAGGAGAACUCUGGCCAAUUUUAGCUUAGUUGAUUAUGUUCACAGAAUAUUUUCGGUCGGAAAAAAUGGCACUGUCUGAUGCGAGUUAAGCGGCUAGCGAUUAAAGCAGCCAAAGUGCCUACAAAUGAUGUUAUGAGGGCAUGUUCUAAAUUGUGCCUUUGUGCCUACUAACAGACUCAAAAUGUCAUGACAAGUGCUGUGCAACAUGGACAGGGUUCUUACAUGACACCACUGUGUGUGUUUUACUGAUAGUUGGAACAAUAGAAAUCCUGUGUUUGUAGCCUAGCCUGUCAGCCUACCUGUUUCCAUCCAUUGCUUCCUGUAGUGUAAAGUCUAACUCCACGAAGACCAAACCUGAAGUUUAUGUCCAAAAUAACAAUGAUGCAGCAUUGCAAUGUUUAUAUAUUAAUAUAAGUGACAACAUGGAAACUACAUGAGAGCUGCAGCUGCACAAUACUGAAUGGAAUAUGGAGAACCAAAAAUGACGGGAUAAAUAAAUAAAUACAGAAAUAAAUAUAGAUAUGUAAGCUACAAAUAAAUAAAUGUGUCUACAGUUUUGAACCCUUUGACAUCACGCUUGAUUACUUCAUCUGCACAGCUAUAGUAAUUCUGUAUUAUUACAGUAACAAUACAGUAACUCUGUUAAAGUUAAGUGAUUAUGUUUCACCCUCACUAAAACAGAGGUGAUGGUGUUACAAGUUGCGAAAAUCAGCAGGCUGGGCUAAAUGGUUUUUGAGGGAAAAAGCUGUUGGGCCAUGAUGUCUGACUUUACAACUGAAUACUGAAGACAGCAAGGUUUUUGUAACUUUAGGAACUAAAGUUCAUGUAUUGUAAGUAAAUACUACUAUGUAAGACUAGCUGGUAUGUUGAUCAUAAAUAUAAGUGUGUUUACAUUUUACAGAUAGAAGCAAAUGCACUGGAACUUUUUGAAAUUUGAAAUAUGAAUGUUCAUUUGCAAUUUGUAUUUAGCAAUAUUUGCUAUGACCUGCCACAAUGCAUAUCUUUUACAUUUUGUACAAGGUUAAUGUUUUCUUGUGCACUAUCCCUGAUGAAGUAAAUAAAUUACAAUCAAGCAAAACCAAAAGGGAAAGUAAAAAGACAGUAGUCACAAACAUUUAUCUCUAAUUGCAUAAUUCUCAUGCACCUCAGCAGAGACUAACUUUAUGCUCAACAUAUCACGUAUCCUUUGCAUGACAUGGUGUACCCCAUUGGAGUUAGCCUGGUCAUACCAAACCCUCGUACUAAUAUCGUACAGAGGGUCUGGACCAACUCCAUUCAGAAUCCAGAAUCGAUUUCAGGCAGGAGGCGUGAACUCUGUUGAAGUUUGAAAUGAUUGGUCCUGAUUUUACCCAAUCGCUCACGUUUGGUCGUGACAGCUAGCUAGAGACUACACGCCCAUCCCCCCCGUUCGCUGAUUGUUCAGGAUGGAAUGCAUCCUGAGAAAUCGAGUCCAAUAGUAUCAGACCGAGACACAAUGCUGUAUAGGGAAAUUAGUUUGCUUAUGGUGGGCUAUGCCAGGCUACAUUGGAGUGCUUUGUCGUCUCUGAACAUGUGUAAGGUCAAAAUUGAGUUUUAAAAAAGUAUCUUUCUGAGGUUAGGUUUUUGAGAAUUUUGAUUUUUUUUCAAUUUGGAAUGCUGCCAUCUUUUGAAUCUGAAUCUAUUGAAAAUUUUAAAUACUGCAUCUUGUCAACUCCUUGGUUGUUCAAUUUGGGAGCAAACGGGUAUUGUUUGCGCGGUAUCAUGGGAUUUGGAUUGGGAUUUUUUUAGACACACAAGUGGACAUACAGAGGUACACUUCACACAAACAAACAAGUGGUUCAGGCUCACAUGUAUCAUAUUGUCAUGCAAAGCUUCAUCACACUGGUGCUAUGCUGAUAAAUCAUUCAUCCCACUAUUUUUUUGUAACAACUGUAACACGAUAGACAUGACCUGAUGGGGUUUGUGAUGUGCCUUAUAAUUUGUCAUUGUGUUUAUGUGGACCAUUGA